UCGGCACAGGGCCUCCUCCGUACGGUGGAUGCAGGCCCUUCGCUCCGCUCCAGGGAGGGCAGGGGGGCGACAGAGAUGGCGGGCAGGAGGCCGGGGUCUGCGGAGUUAGGGGCCGUCAGAAAGUUUGGGCAGAAAGAACGGCAGGGAUUGAAACAGGUUGCCGCAGACUGGGGUCGAAGUGUCGGAGGAGGAAGAGCGAGGGAGGGAGACAGAAGGAUGCGGAAACAGGGAAACCCAGAUGGACAAAAGGAGAGAAGAGAAACAAGGACAAAGAGACAGAUACAGAGAACAAAACACAUAGUGGUCUCGGAGAAGGCGCAGGACCCAAACCCAGAAUAACCUUAUCUGAGAAAGAAGCCCAGAAGAAGAGGGGAAAAAGGAGGAAUGGCUCUUCCCCAGGGACGGGUGACCUUCAGGGAUGUGGCCAUAGAAUUCUCUCCGGAGGAGUGGGAGUGCCUGGACCCUGCUCAGCGGGCCUUGUACAGGGACGUGAUGGUGGAGAACUACUGGAACCUGGUCUCCCUGGGUGAGGAUAGUUUCCCUCCAGAAGUCGGAUGCCUUUCUGCUGGAUUUGAAAUCAAGGAAUUACCACCAAUAGAGGACAUUAAUGAAGGAGAAUUAUACCACUUAGUGAUACUGGAGAGAAAUGAAAGCCAUAGCAUCAAGGAUUUUGAUCUCAAGAAAGACUGGGAAAAUAUGCAUGAGUUUGAGAGUCAUUGGAGAUAUGAUGCAAGAAAUUACAAAGAAGUGCCUUUGACACAUAACAAAAAUCUCACUCAUAGAAAAGAUCAACAGCUUAAUAAAUCCUCAAUUACUUUUCCUCAAAAGCAGAGUAUUUCUGUAAAAAAUAAUACAUACCAAUAUUUCAUGCCUGAUGAGCCAUCUGUAAGGCAUUUGUUAAAACUGGAAAAUAACAUAAGUGAUGCUGGAAAUUGGUACAUAAACUGUUUGGGAAAUAGAAUUGGAUUAAGUUUGCAGGCACACCUGGCUGAACUGCAGAGAUUUCAUACUGAGGAAAAAAUGUAUGAAUGUAAUCAGGUUGAGAAAUCUUUGAACGAUUCCUCUGUUUCACCACUUCAGAGAAUUCCAUCUAAUAUCAAAAACAUUUGGAAUAAAUAUAGGAAGAUUUUAAAAUAUCCUUUGUUACCUGCACAAUACAGAAGAGCAUACACUAGAGGAAAAUCUUACAACUGUAAUGACUGUGGGAAGGCUUUUAGCAAAAGCUCAAACCUCAUGAGUCAUGAGAGAAUUCAUUCAGGACAGAGACCUUACAAAUGUAAUGAGUGUGGCAAAGCCUUUACGGAGCGUUCACACCUUACUCAACAUAAGAAAAUCCAUACUGGAGAGAAACCUUACAAAUGUAAUGAGUGUGGCAAAGCCUUUAACCAGUGUUCGAACCUCACUAGACAUCAGAGAGUCCAUACAGGAGAGAAACCAUAUAAAUGUAACAUAUGUGGCAAGGUCUGUAGUCAAAAUUCAAACCUUGCAAAUCAUCAGAGAAUGCAUACUGGAGAGAAACCUUACAAAUGUAAUGAAUGUGGUAAGGCCUUUAUCCAGCGUUCCCACCUUUGGAGUCAUGAGAGAAUUCAUACUGGAGAGAAACCUUAUAAAUGUAAUGAAUGUAACAAAGCCUUUGCUGAACGUUCAAGCCUUACUCAACAUAAGAAAAUCCAUACCGGAGAGAAACCUUACAAAUGUAAUGAGUGUGGCAAAGCUUUUAAGCAGUGCUCACACCUCAUUAGACAUCAGAAUACACAUCCUGGAGAGAAGCCACACAAAUGUACUGUAUGUGGCAAAGCUUUCAUCCAAAGUUCUAGCCUUAUAGAACAUCAGAGAAUUCAUACAGGAGAAAAACCUUACAAAUGUAAUAAAUGUGAUAAGGCUUUUAUCAGACGGUCACACCUGUGGGGUCAUGAGAGAACUCAUACUGGAGAGAAACCUUACAAAUGUAUUGAGUGUGGCAAAGCCUUUGCUGAGCGUUCAAAUCUUACUCAACAUAGAAAAAUCCAUACUGGAGAGAAACCUUACAAAUGUAAUGAGUGUGGCAAAGCUUUUACCCAAUUUGCAAACCUUACUAGGCAUCAGAAAAUACACACUGGAGAGAAACCACACAAAUGUGAUGUGUGUGACAAGGCUUUUAUCCAAAGUUCAAGCCUUAUGGAACAUCAAAGAAUUCACACAGGAGAAAAACCUUAUAAAUGUAAUAAAUGUGAUAAGGCUUUUAUUAAACGUUCUCACCUUUGGGGUCAUGAGAGAACUCAUACUGGAGAGAAACCUUAUAAAUGUAAUGAGUGUGGCAAAGCCUUUACGGAGCGUUCACAUCUUACUCAGCAUAAGAAAAUCCACACUGGAGAGAAGCCUUAUACAUGUAAUGAGUGUGGCAAAGCUUUCACCCAGUUUGCAAAACUUACUAGGCAUCAGAAAAUACAUGGUGAAAAGAAACAUUAUAAAUCUAGUAUGUGUGGCAGUGGUUUUAUUCAAAGCUCAAGCUUUGGGGAUCAUCAAAGAAAUCACAGUAGAAAGAAACCUUACAAAUAAAAUGAUUAAGCAAGUGUUCAAGCCUUAUUCAACAUCAGUAUUCCAUCAUGGAGAGGAACCAUAUGAAACUAAUGUAUGUGGCAAAGCCUGU